AUGUCCGGUUACACUCUCUUUGGCCUCCAGAGGCUUCUGUAUGGCCCGUUACGGCAGAUUGAAACCGAACAACUGUACGAGAAGGCAUGGUUUGCGGUUACUGAGACGUGUCUGGCCAUGACGAUCUUCCGGGGCGAACUAGGAGCUUGGUUCAUGGUCAUGUUCGUUGCCUUGCUUGCGGGAAAGAUCUGGGGAUGGAUCGGUGAGGGUAGGGUAGAAAUCCUUGAACAGCAACCACCGGCCAAUCCACGCUUAUUCCACACCCGACUCGCUGUGUCAUUGAUUAUAUCAGUACUAUUCAACUCGCAGAUGCUCGAAUACGCCAUCAAAACGGUUUUGCGGCAGGCACGGCCCGAUAUGAUGGUAAUGUUCGGCUUCGAAUUUGCUGUCCUUACAAUACUCUCUACUUCGACCAUGGCUAGAUAUACUCUUUCGCUGGCGGAGAUUUAUAUCACUCGACAGCAGAAACAGGCCAAGCUAGCGGAGCGCAGAGCAGAGAUCCGAGCGGAGAGGGAACGAAUUCUUCGCCAACAGGCUGCCUCAGGUCUUCCGGCUCCCAAUGCGGACAAUUUACCAAGUGAGGAUGAUAUAGAUGAAAUGGAGCUGGAUGUUUCAGGAUGGGAAGAAAAGGGUCGAUGGGUGUUCUACCUGGACCUUAUUACCGUAUAUCUCUCAUUCUUCGCCAUCCUAUUCAGAUUUUACGGACUUCCAAUCCAUAUUCUUAGAGAUGUGGUUGUGACGAUGAGAUCUUUUGCCAAACGUAUUAUCGACUUCAUCCGGUAUCGAAACGCUACCCGCGAUAUGAACCAACGAUAUCCUGAUGCAACUGCAGAGGAGAUAGCAAGGGAGGAUGUCUGUAUUAUAUGUCGUGAGGAGAUGCAGCCUUGGAUUCCUGCGCCAGCAGCAAAUGAUGGAGCAGCUGCUCCUGCUCGGCCAACCAGGCCAAUUCCCGAAAGACUACGCGCGAAAAAACUCCCAUGCGGCCACUUACUUCAUUUUGCCUGUCUACGAAGCUGGCUAGAGCGGCAACAGAAUUGUCCUACCUGUCGACAGCCGGUCACUACCGGCACCCAAGGAAAUGCUAGACCAUUUGCAGGGCGUGGUGCAGCGGCUGGAGGACAAAGAGCAGGAGACCAGCAACAAGGCGGGAACGAAGCAGGUGCUGCAGACGGAGAAAUCCGACGCCGUAUGUGGUUUCUUAAUUUUGGUCCAGUCCGCAUUGGAUUUGGAGCGGGUCGUGGCGACAUGCUACAGAAUAUUGAUAUGGGCCAGGGGAUCCACGGUCAAGCUGCACAGGCACCGGCUGCAAAUCAGAACCAGAACCCACCUCCUGGGGGACAAGCGCCGCGGACAGGUUUUGGAUUUGGCAUUGACCGUCCGAUUGCUGGAAACACGCCUGGUUCUACUUCCGAGUUUAACCACAGGGAUGUGCAGCAGGUCACCCAACAGCUUGAACAUCAAGUGAUGCAGGAGAUAAACAACCUCACAAAUACUGCGGAACAACUACAGGUCAUACGAGCUCUACAUUACGAACUGAUUCGGCUCCGCACUGUGCAGAGCAACGCCUCGGCUAGUACCCAGAAUACCACCAGCCCUGGGUCCUCUAGGGUUCAGCCAAAUACCACUCAAGCACAUCCUCUCACCGCCCGUACGACCCCCUCGGGUACAAGCCAUUCGACGACCAUACGUCCUAACUAUAGCCAGUCAUAUACUGCUACAAACCCUCAUCUUACUUCGAUACCUUCAGGCGAUCCACGUCUUCCCGAAGGGGUUUCCAUCCCACCAGGAUGGACUCUGGUGCCCCUGCAACGCACGUUACCGUUAAAUCCACCAAUAGGCCCUCACAACACGGCGGCAGGAAGCGCUAAUGCAAACAUUCCAACCGCAACAUCACCAUUAUCAUCAUCAUCUGCUCCUCCAUCGGCCUCAACGUCCCCAUUUCCAAAUCACAACCACACGACAGCUACAAUCACUUCUCACACAGUCACCCCGGGCCAGGAAAACGGGAAUAUCGGUGUGUCAAGCACCGGUCCUGCAAGCCCACCUGAGUUUUUUACGUCCGGCACUACACCGCCGCAGUCUUCUCAAUAUACUCCAACUAUAACUCCUCCACAUGAUACUACUAACAACACAGCUCCGGCACCAUCCUUGCCAAGCACUUCACCCCAGCGAGAGCCCCAUGGCCUACCCUCCCGUGGAGCUUCUCAAUCCCCAGAGGAAACCCACGAGAACAGGUCACUAUUCAACAACCCAUCGGCACGUAGCUUCCCUGAACAAGCCGAACAUGACAGAGAAGACGCAGAAAGUGAAGAAGACGAGAACGAAGGCGAAAACGACGAAGAAGGAGAUGAUAAUGACAGUGACGACAACGAGAACGAUAGUGAAGGAGAUAAUAGUACGCACAGCUCUGUGCCCAAGCAAAAGGGCCGAGCAGCCACUGUGGAGGACGAAGCGGAGGAUGAUUAG